AUGACGGAUUUUGCUAAAGUAUUUAAUAUUUAUUCAACUGAAUCUGAUCAAGAUGGAGAAAAUGAAAAUUUCAAUGUAGAACAAAUAAAACGAGUUAAUGCUAGUGUUAAUCAAGAUUAUUCAAAAAGUUAUGUUCGAAUAACAAUAAAAAUUCCUCAAAUGAAAACAAAACUUAAUUGGUGUAAAUUUACUCGUGCUUCAAAAAAUGGUUUAAUAACUAAAGCAACAUAUCAUGGAACUCGAGUUUUUUUUGAAUUCAUGCUUAAUCAAGGUAAACCAACAGAAGCAAUAUAUGAAUAUUCAUCACGAGAACCAUUUCGUGGUCCUAUUGAAUAUAAUAAAAGUUAUAUAAAAUAUAAAGAUGAAUAUGUCAUUUGGUUUAUACAUAAAUCUGAACCUUGGUGA